AUGGCCCCCAGCACCGAAGGCCGCUAUGCCCAGAUCACGACUCCACGAGCCUGGAUCACCAUUCGCUACUCUCCGUUUCAAGCAAUGUCCGCCUCUCAACAGCGACAGGCCCUCCCCGGCCUCGACCGAAAACCUCUAGACAGUCAGAAAUAUGUUGGAGGAGACAUGUCCAUGAUGGCCUUCCUCCAACCUUGUGCUGCUCCGGUCAGGUUCGCCAACCCCGAUGAACAUCAUGUGAAGGGCCUCAAUGCCGAGACCCUCGCCAAAAUCCAGUUGCCCAGUCCCCAGUGGCUUUUGACCCCAGACUACGCCCCGAUCGCAGACGGCUCCGGGACGACUCCACCGUCUGUCUUUUUCAGUUUGAACAUCUCAUUGUACAACCAACAGAUUGAUGCUUCCGAGUGGGCUGACCAGUGGUUUUUCAUGACCGGCCGUGUCCAUCCUUUUGCCCUCGCGUGGGAGCUUGAGAGGCGUGAUGGUCUCGAGUCGGACGAAGACAAGGUCGACGAGUACACCAUACCUGUCUUCGUUGUGCGCGAUCACAGUUUCCAGCCAGUAUCCCCUCGCCUUCUCUGCUCAUCAACCUCAACCCCCUCCAUGAUGCCGAUUGUCUCCUUCACCGGCCCCGUCAUCGGCGCCGGCCUGGACCGCCUUCACGAGAACAUCGCCUCCGCUUUCGACGAAGCGCAACUCAAAUGCUGUGGGUUCGUGCAGCUAUCAACGUUUUUAUGCCCCGGGACACCCGACAAAACGCCGUUCAGAGGAUUCCAUCCCUUCCAAGUCUUUGUCAUGUUUCCUGUUCAUGCCAAUCCCUGGACCUCACUCUGCAAGAAGAUGGUAGAGAGACGUGACUCCCAGUUCCAGCCAGGCGCGCCAUUCACGUGCACAGGAAAGGUGGCCGGGCUGCUAGCCCACGGCUUGAUGCGGCAGCCUCCGGCCUUCGAGCAGGACUACGUUUUUAUAGUUGUCCCCGAUACUUGGACCUUCCUCGACAAGACCGCUUUCAAUCAUCCGCUCGCAAGCAAAGCUUCUCCCACGACGCCAAAGAGACCUGUCGGGACUGUCUCCGAAUAUGACGAUGCCAUGGCUCGCUUCACCUCCACAAGGAAACGGAACCCGCCUCCGAGCGGCACCGCGCCUGCGACACCCGUGUCCCUGGCCCCAACCUCCGCAAGUGGCUCCAACAAGAGACGGUCUCCUAGCCCUACUCAAACACCGUCAAAGCGGCCGCGGCUUUCCCCUAUUUCAUCAACCAUUGUCGCUGCCUGCGACACCGACGACUCCGUCUCACAAGACAGCUAUGAUGGCGUCGACGGCCCAAGUGUCGGCCCGCCCGCAACUCAGAAUGUACCUGACUCUGCAUCAUCCAAGACGUCAACGUCCGACCCGUCCCGACCUCAACGUGUUCGCCAGCCUCCAAAGAAAUUUCAAGGACCCGCUCGAAUCACCGAAGGGCAAGACCAUGGAAACAAACCGCUAUCUCAGAAGAAAUGA